GCACGCAAAGCAGCUUAAGUUAGAACAUGUAAUUGUCGGACUUUUGGGGAGGUUAUUGUAGGUGACGGACAGCGAAGGGUUGAGCUGAUAUCUGAGGGAGCAGGUGGAGGUAGGGGAGAGAAUAGCGAACGCUAAGAGAGUGCAGAGGAGAAAUGGAAUAAGUGACAGUAGGAACGGCGCAGGGAGUAAAAGCGAGUGAGGGAGUGGAAGAGCUGAGCGGGAACGGGCACAAGGAACAGACAGUAAUAAAGGGGAGACGGAGCUGGAAGAUGCAGAGAGCCUCGCUACGCGUUUGAUCGGCCGUUUGGGGGUGGGAACAAGAGAACGUGUCGGCCCCACGAAGGUCUGACUGGGGGAUGGCGCUAGGCGCUAUGUUCUAUGGCCCUUCCCCUACCUCCUCCCUCUCUCCCAGGCCUGGCACUCAGGCACCGUAAGGGCCUCUGUCACUGGAAGCCCCUUGGCCCCGCCUCUUCCUCCUCUCAGGUUAGGUUGCCUCCCCUCUUUUGUGAGUUAUAGCAACUGUUGCCUUGUGAAUCCAGCGCCAUAGCCACCGUAGUCCUGGCGACUGUUACCCAUCAACAACAACUACUCCUCUCCUCCUCAUCCUCCUCCUCCACCGCCACCACCACCACCAUCACCUUCUCUCCACCCUCAUCAUCAUCAUCAUCCCCAUCACCCCAACAACAACAACCAACAACAACAUCACCACCACAAUAAGCCACAGCCAAGAUGCGGCUGAAAAGCAAUCUAGAUGAAGUUACAGCAACAGGAACAUGCCAAGACCAUGCAAUCGAGACUCACAGAAACUGGAUGCAGCAUGGAGGUGACAUGUUCUUUUUGAGAAAAGGGUUGGAAAGAUUUGAAGUGGGGAAGACUACAAUGCAGACGUCCGAAACGGUGUCGGACACGGGUUCGACAGUGACUUUGCAGACAUCUGUGGCAGGUCAAGCAGCGGUUCCUACACAGGUGGUACAGCAGGUUCCAGUACAGCAACAGGUUCAGCAGGUACAGACUGUUCAGCAGGUGCAGCAUGUUUACCCAGCACAAGUACAAUAUGUUGAAGGAAGUGACACAGUCUACACAAAUGGAGCAAUCCGGACAACAACAUAUCCUUACACAGAAACCCAGAUGUACAGCCAAAAUACUGGUGGGAAUUACUUUGAUACCCAGGGUGGAUCAGCACAAGUGACAACAGUGGUCUCAACGCACAGCAUGGUGGGAACUGGAGGAAUUCAAAUGGGUGUCACUGGAGGACAAAUCAUUAGUAGCACUGGUGGAACUUACCUGAUUGGCAAUGCAAUGGAAAACUCAGGCCAUUCUGUGAGUCAUACAACUCGAGCCUCUCCAGCAACAAUUGAAAUGGCGAUCGAGACACUGCAAAAGUCUGACGGUCUGUCGAGUCACAGGAGCUCUCUUCUCAACAGCCAUCUCCAAUGGCUGUUGGAUAACUAUGAGACGGCAGAAGGAGUGAGUCUCCCUAGAAGCACUCUCUACAAUCAUUACCUAAGACAUUGUCAAGAGCACAAACUGGAUCCAGUCAAUGCUGCAUCUUUUGGAAAACUCAUACGCUCAAUAUUCAUGGGAUUACGUACUCGAAGACUAGGGACCAGGGGUAACUCCAAAUACCAUUACUAUGGGAUUCGUGUCAAGCCAGACUCCCCUCUUAAUAGGCUACAAGAGGACAUGCAAUACAUGGCUAUGAGACAGCAACCCAUGCAGCAGAAACAAAGGUACAAGCCUAUGCAGAAAGUGGAUGGAGUGGGAGAUGGAUUUGCAGGCAGUGGGCAGUCUGGUGCCUCUGUUGAGCAAACUGUGAUUGCCCAAAGCCAGCACCAUCAACAGUUUUUAGAUGCGUCUCGAGCUCUUCCAGAGUUUGCAGAAGUUGAAAUAUCUUCUCUGCCAGAUGGUACAACCUUUGAAGAUAUCAAGUCGUUGCAGAGUCUUUAUCGAGAGCACUGUGAGGCGAUAUUGGACGUUGUUGUUAAUCUACAGUUUAGCCUGAUCGAGAAGUUGUGGCAGACUUUCUGGCGUUACUCUCCUUCAUCUCCAGCCGAUGGUUCCACCAUUACAGAAUCAGGAAACCUGAGUGAAAUAGAAAGCAGGCUGCCCAAGUCAAAGCUGAUUUUGUUCUGCAAAAACGAGUCUAUUGUAAAGUGGAUGUGCAACUGUGACCAUAUGAUGUACCAAUCCUUGGUGGAGAUUCUCAUUCCUGAUGUCCUAAGACCAAUUCCUAGUGCCUUGACCCAAGCCGUUCGCAAUUUUGCAAAGAGCCUUGAAGGUUGGCUCUCUAGUGCCAUGAGUAAUAUUCCACAAAGAAUGAUACAAACCAAGGUUGCUGCUGUAAGUGCCUUUGCCCAAACUCUGCGUAGAUACACAUCCCUUAAUCACUUGGCUCAAGCAGCUCGCGCUGUGCUGCAGAACACGUCUCAGAUCAACCAGAUGCUAAAUGACCUCAACCGUGUGGACUUCGCCAACGUCCAGGAGCAGGCUUCCUGGGUGUGUCAGUGUGAUGACAGCAUGGUGCAGAGACUAGAAACAGACUUUAAGAUGACUCUCCAGCAGCAGAGCACUCUGGAGCAGUGGGCUGCCUGGUUAGACAAUGUGGUGACACAAGCCUUGAAACCGUAUGAAGGACGGCCCAGCUUUCCUAAAGCAGCCCGGCAAUUUCUGCUCAAGUGGUCAUUUUACAGUUCUAUGGUUAUUCGAGACUUAACCUUGCGCAGUGCUGCCAGCUUUGGUUCUUUCCACCUGAUCCGCCUUCUCUACGAUGAAUACAUGUUUUAUUUAGUUGAGCACAGAGUUGCCCAGGCAACUGGAGAAUCACCAAUUGCAGUCAUGGGAGAGUUUGGAGAUUUAAAUGAUGCAUCACCAGGAAAUAUGGAAAAAGUUUCAUGGUUGUUUGUUUGUGCAGAUGAAGGCAGCGAUGUGGAGAGUGAGAUAGAGGAAGAGCUUGAUGAUUCUGUAGAGCCCCCAGCCAAGAGGGAAAAGACGGAGCUGAGCCAAGCGUUCCAGGUGGGCUGCAUGCAGCCAUCGCUGGAGGGGAGCGUUCAGCAAAGCCUGGUCUUAAAUCAGCUGCACAGCGAGCACAUUGUUACAAGCACUCAGACCAUCAGGCAGUGCAGUGCCACCGGGAAUACCUACACUGCCGUCUAGCGCAAACAAAAGCUUGCAGAAAUGAGAUGUAGAAAUAUAUCUAUGUCGGGCUUAAAUGAGUGGCGGCAGAACAGAAUAUGACUGAAAUGUGACUGUUUCUGGCCUUUCAGACCCACCUUUUUUAUCUUUACCCCCCCCCCCAAGCAUUUGCCCCUCCAACUCUUGCAUUGUAAAGUAGAUUUUCCAGGCAGUUCAUGGAUUUUAUUAUGUUUUAAUAUAUAUAAAUAUAUUGUUUCUCUCUCUGUUUCUCAGCUACCCAAACCUUUCUUUCAUUUUAGAACUUGAGUUUGCCUUUAUGUUUUAUUGUUAGCUCAGUAGUAGGUAAAUUAGUUGCACUUCUGUAAAAGUAAAAUCAUCUUCAUUUACACUGGAAAUAUAAUGUGACAGCUGAGGCAUGAAACAAGGGGGGGGGGGGGACCCAAAAAAUGUGCAAGAAAAUACUGGUGUAAGUUGUUUAUAUGUGAGAGGGUAUAUGUUUUUGGUGGUUGUAAUAUAAUACAAAGGAGUAUAUAUGCAUUUUCUCCUAUGUUCGAUAAGUCAAUAUCAUGAACUACGUACCUAAUGCAGCAAGCUAAAUUAGUGCGUUGUAAUGCAAGUGAAAAAAAGUA